CUUGAGUUUCGGACGCGUAUUAAUUAAGAGUAUAUCCUUGGUAAGCCUAUAUACUAAGGAAAAAGAAUUUUCAAUUUCCGGCGUAUUAACAGAAAAACGCAUAUAUGGCCUCAUCUUAGCUAUACGUAUUUAGUAUAUACAGAAAUUAUUGCAGAACGUGCACAUUAUGUUCUCGCUUGAUAAUGUGAUAGAAAAUAUAGUUGGUAAUGGAAGAUACCAAAUAUUUAUUUGCUUGUGUUUCUCUGCGCUGGGAAUUUCAUCAUCUUAUAUGAAUACAGCAUCUGUUUUUAUUGCCGCAAUGCCGGACAGUAGAUGCCGAAUCGAACCUUACGACAACAUUACUGCAUAUCCGAAUAUAAACGAGACUGAAAUAACAAAGCUGUUUAUUCCAGUUAACGACAUUACCAAGAAACCAGAUCGUUGCCAGAGGUACGCGUUCAAUGCGUCAUGUAAAGAUAUUCGAGAUUCAACCUGUUUGUUCGGAACCAACACCGGAAAUGAAAUGCAGACUGUUCAAUGCGAUGCAGGAUAUAAAUACGACAGAAGCUCUUUCGAGGAAACGAUAGUUACCGAGUGGGAUCUUGUAUGUGACAAAGUUGGCAUUUCUUUUCUCGCGACGUCUUUAAAUUAUGCUGGGUUACUAGUUGGUUCUUUAAUGGGUGGCUUGGUAGCGGAUCGAUUUGGAAGAAUCGCUGUUUUACGUGUAAGUUCAAUACUGUCCCUCAUUGUAACAUGUGGUAUUUCAUUGUCACCAAACGUAUACGUCUACACUGCAUUGCGAUUCCUGGCAUCUGUUACAUACUUCCCAAUGAUAGAAAGUGGAUUCGUUUACAUGAUCGAGUUAUCUAGGAAAAAAUGGAGAACGGUGAUUGGGUUGUGGUAUAAUGCCAUUUUUGGUAUUUUUUCAAUGUCGCUCUCAGUUCUUGCACUAAUUUGGAGACACUGGCGAUCUUUGCAAAUCGCCAAAUCAAUCGUCGGUUUUGUUCCAUUUAUUAUUCUUGGUUGGUUGGUCUCCGAAUCACCAAGAUGGUUGUUCGGACAUAAUAAACAAGCCCAAUCAAAGCAAGUAUGCGAGGUUAUCGCCAAACGAAACAAAACUCAACUCUCUGAAGAAGUGUGGCAAGCUACAGUGGACGAGUUUAAUAAGUUUAAAAAAGUUAAGGGAAGCAAAGAAAGUCCACUACGCGCAAUGUAUCGUCUUCCUUGUACAAGGUUCCUGACGUUAUGCAACAUGUUUGUCUGGAUGGUAACAAGUAUGGUGUACUUCGGUUUGUUGUUGAACGUCGGUAACUUGCCGGGCGGUGUGUAUUUGAACCAUGCAUUGGGUGCCUUGAUGGAGUUUGCAGCUUGCGUAGUUGCUAUCUUCGCAAUUAGAAAGGUUGGAUUCUCCAAAUGUACAUCUAGCUCGUUGUACACUGCAAGUUUGUCUUGUUUGUUGUCAACGGUGGUUCUUCAACUUGGAAAUGGACAACAGGUUUUUGAAACGUUGAGCAUCGUUCUUGCAAUGAUUGGAAGAUUUGCAGCAAGCUUGGCGUUUGCUGUAUUAUAUGUUCACACAGUUGAGAUGUUUCCGACCGUCGGUAGGAGCACAGCGUUAGGUCUUUCUUCUAUGUCAGCUCGCUUUGGAAGUAUAUUCACACCUUUUACAGUUCAACUUCACUUAACCAUACCGUGGCUGACUCCGGUCAUCUUUAGUAUUCUUGCCUUCUUCGCCGCUUAUUUGUCAGGAAACUUCCCAGACACUGCAGAUUCAGAGUUAUCAAUGUUGUUUGAAGAUGUCGAGAAAAGUUACUCCGAUCAUUUCCACGGUAGAGUGAUUGCGAAACUAUUUUGUCUCCCGACAUCUGAACGGCUUAACACACCGGAGAAACAAAACACUCUGUUGAACCAUGAAAAUUCAAAGUGCUAAAGACUUAAUUGUUAUAUACUUAUUGGAAAGCAUUUACUCAGAAAGGCUUAUAUUGAUUUUCUUUGGAAAAUAAGAUUGCUAGUUGUUUUACAUCGCAGUGUUAUUAUUAUCAUGCAUUUAUUUAUUUUUUCAUUUAUUUAUAAGCAGUAUAUAUCAUCAUGCACUUGGCCACGUAGCAACGUGAUUCGGGGCCUGUUUGUAACUCAGCGGUAAUGGGUUCAAGCCCCGUCGUUGCUACCAUUGUGGACGUAUGUGUCUCCACAAAGGUUACAUGGUAACUCGUAAGCUGGAACGAGGUGUAUGAAACAGAACACCCGUGUUUAACGACUGUCGUUUUGCGGCCAUGCGAGGAUAAAAUAAAAAUAUUCAUCAUUGUACAAGUUAACGCAUAUCAUUAUUUAUACACUGUUUCGCAGACAGUGAGUUUAAAUACAAAAAAUGUACAUUCUCA